AUGUCAUUACGAUUAAUAAGAAGGCUAACACAUUUAAAGCCAUCAAUUAACUCGAAAUUGUAUCUCCAAUUAUCCUCUAAAUUUGUAAUUCAAAAACAUAUUGUCCAGCCACUUACUCACUUCUGCAAAUUUGAAUAUUGCAAUUGCAAGUCUGUGGUUUUAAAAAGUUGUAUUAUAGCAGAAUUUCCAAGAAGAUUAAAUCACCAAUCAACAGCAGAUAUGCCAGAAGCAAAACCAUUUGAGAGGUUGCCACAGACGCUGUCACCGGUCAAUUACAAUAUUCGUUUGAAGCCAAAUUUGAAAGCAUUUACAUUUGAAGGGUCUGAAGAUAUUGAUAUUGAGGUGGUGAAGCCUUUAUCUAAAAUAACAAUUAAUUCUGUUGAGGUAGAAGUACAAGAGGUGUCCUAUGUUGCCAGUGGUAAAAGUGACACAGUUAAAGGCACAGUUUCAUACAACAAGGAAGAUGAAACAGUCACUUUCACCUUUCCGUCGGAAAUACAACCAGGCAAGGGAAGAAUGAGUAUGACUUUUACUGGAAUUCUGAAUGACAAAAUGAAAGGAUUUUAUAGAAGUAAAUACACAUCACCUGAUGGGGAGGAACAGUAUUCAGCUGUUACACAGUUUGAGGCCACUGAUGCCAGGAGAGCUUUCCCAUGUUGGGAUGAACCUGCUGUCAAGGCCACAUUUGAUGUCACUUUGGUUGUUCCUAAAGACCGAGUUGCCUUGUCAAACAUGCCUGUAAAGUCAGAACAAGUCUAUGAAGGAGACAACAAAUGGAAGGUUGUUAGUUAUGAGAGGACACCGAUCAUGUCUACGUACCUACUGGCGUUUGUUGUGGGAGAGUUUGAUUACGUAGAAGGGAAGGAUGCUGAUGGUGUGCUUGUCAGGGUGUACACACCUGUUGGCAAGAAAGAAGAGGGAAAAUAUGCACUAGACGUAGCUGUAAAGACAUUGCCAUUUUACAAAGAUUACUUCAAAAUACCUUAUCCUCUCCCAAAGAUGGACUUGAUAGCUCUCGCUGACUUUGCAGCAGGUGCCAUGGAAAACUGGGGCUUAGUAACUUACAGAGAAACAGCAUUGUUAGUGGAUCCAAAGAAAUCAUCUGCCAAAACCAAACAAUGGGUUGCUCUAGUUGUAGGACAUGAAUUGGCUCAUCAAUGGUUUGGUAAUCUUGUUACAAUGGAAUGGUGGACCCACUUGUGGUUGAAUGAAGGUUUUGCUUCCUGGAUAGAAUAUUUAUGUGUAGAUUUCUGUUUUCCUGAGUUUGAUAUCUGGACACAGUUCGUAAAGAAUGAUUUAGGAAGAGCUUUAGAAUUAGAUGCUCUCAAUAACAGCCAUCCUAUAGAGGUACCGGUGGGUCAUCCAUCUGAAGUAGAUGAAAUAUUUGAUGCUAUAUCAUACAGUAAAGGUGCUUCCGUCAUAAGAAUGCUCCAUGAUUAUAUUGGGGAUGCUGAUUUUAGAGUUGGUAUGAAUGAAUAUUUAACAAAGUUUAAAUACAGUAAUGCCUUUACAGAAGAUUUAUGGGAAUAUCUAGGUAAAGCUAGCGGUAAACCAGUGGCUGAGGUUAUGUCCUCUUGGACAAAACAGAUGGGUUAUCCUGUUAUAAAGGUAACAGAAAAACAAGAUGGGAAGAACAGAGUUCUCUCAUUGUCACAAGAAAAGUUCUGUGCAGAUGGUAAAAAGCAAGAAGGGGAGCAGUUCAAGUGGAUGGUACCCUUGUCAUUCUGUACAGCAUCAAGUCCAGAUAAACCAGUGAAAAAAAUACUGUUAGAUGGUACAACAGCUGAAGUCACACUGGAAAAUGUUAAACCUGGUGAAUGGGUUAAGGUAAAUUGUGGCACAGUGGGAGUAUAUAGAGUACAGUAUUCAUCUGAAAUGUUACAGUCACUUAUAACAGGUAUCAAAGACUGCAGUAUAGCACCUUGUGAUAGAUUAGGUAUACAGAGUGAUCUGUUUGCCUUAGCCAGAGCAGGAUUAGUGUCAGCUGUUGAUGUACUGAAGGUAGCUGAAGCCUAUAUAAACGAGACUGACUAUACCGUAUGGAGUGAUCUUUCUCUUAGUCUUGGUACACAAGGUUUAUUAAUACAAAGUACUGAUGCCACUGAUGAAAUGAAAGCUUAUAAUCGUAACCUCUACAGCAAAGUCUUCCAGAGUCUGGGCUGGGAAGCUAAGGAAAAUGAAGGACCAUUAACUGCCAUGUUAAGAGAUCUGGUGUUGGCUAAACUAGGUCGUAACCAAGAACAGUCUGUUGUUAUGGAGGCAAAGAAGAAGUUCCUAGAUUUUUACAAUGGAAAACCUCUAUCAGCUGAUUUAAUGGACCCUGUAUAUGUAACUGUGAUGUCUAAUGGUGAUGAAGAUAUGUUUAAUAAAAUGUUGGAGUUGUAUGAUAAAGCAGAUAGUCAGGAAGAGAGGAAUCGAAUCAGCAGAGCAAUUGGUGCAGUUAAAGAUGAAGCUUUAAUCAAAAGAGUUUUGGACUUUGCCAUGUCUGAUAAAGUGCGAUCUCAGGAUACAGUGUUUGUGAUUGGUGGUGUGACAGGUUCUGUUAAAGGGAGAGAAAUGGCUUGGCAGUUCUUAAAGGAUAACUGGACAAAGUUACAUGAUAGAUAUGAAGGAGGUUUCUUAUUAUCAAGACUUGUCAAGGUUACCACAGAAAAUUUUGUGACAGAAGAAAAGGCUAAAGAAGUAGAGCAAUUUUUCACUGACCAUCCAGCACCAGCAGCAGAAAGAACAGUAAAACAGUCGUUAGAAAACAUUGGUUUGAACAUAGAAUGGAUGAAGAGAGACAAAGAUGCCGUGUCAGCUUUUUUAAAAAGCCGAAAAGCUUAAAUCAAAUGGACAUUAAAAGUAAAAUCUGACUUCAAAAGUUUAAACCUAGUCUCUAAUAUAAUUAUGACAAAAACUGUUCAUCUGUUACCUGACACAAUUUUACAUGCUAUCAGUUCUUUAUAGGUUGGUAAAAGACCUGGCUACUAUUACCAUCAAAAGUGACCAAGUUAAGUUACAGAAAUAAUAUUUGCUUUCCUGGAAAGUUCUUGUACAACAGAUUUUAUAAAGCUUGUUCAACAAGCUUCAGAACUGAUCCCAUAUAAAAAAAAAUGUGCAGCAGUCAAGGGUUGUCUGCUGAUGUUUAAAUGCAAAUCAUGGAACUAUAACCAGUUCCUUUAAAUUAUAACCAGUUAUUGUUACUUUAGUGUGUUUGAUUUAUGAUAUAUUUAUAAUGGCAUAUAUAUGGUGCAUAAUUUAUGAAAGUGCUGUUCUCAUAAAACCACAUUUAGGAUUACAUAAUAACUACAUACUCUUUUGACAAACUUUGAAAUGUUGAGAAAAUAAAUCUUAUUUAUUUUACUGAUAUAAAAAACUUAAGUGAUAGAUCUAUUUAAUUUUGAACUGAAACAUAAUGACACUGAAUUUAUUUGUUUAAUGGUCAUUCAUUAUUUUGGCUUAUAUCUAUAAGAAAUUGUAAUGUCAGUUGAAAAAUUAUAAAAAAGUCAUGAAAACAUUAGAAUUUUCUUCUUUUAUUUACCACUAUUCAUUGCAUAAUUUAAGAUACUGCUUUAAAAUUCUCAAUAAGUGAAAUAAACAAACUCAUUUUCACAAAAAAAAAUUCAGCAUAAUUGUUCAUAUUCUUUGAAUCAAAUUGUUAUUUAAUAUCAGUCAUCAUUUUUUUCUUCAUAUAUUAAAAAGAUAUAUUUAGUUAUUCAGACACUUAUAGACCAGUAUUACAAUGUUCAGUUAGAAUAUUUAUUAGAUGUCUUGUUAAGCUGAAAAGUCUUAGAUUGCUCUGUUGUCUUUUGUUAUGUUGUAUCUAUAUACUUUGUUGUUUCAAACAUUUAAUGUUAACAUCAUAUGAAAGACUUCUCACUUUAAUAACAUCAUUUGCGUACAACAUGAUUUGACAUUUUUCUUCCAGGAAAAAGUCAUAAUUAAGCUGUCUUAGUAACAAAAAUUUACCUUAAUAUAAAUAGGUUCCAUACUGGUAUCAAACAAAGUUUUGGUUGUUGCAAUGACAUAGCUCAAUAUAUAUUUUUUUUCUUUUCUCACAUUGAGGGAGGAUAUUUAUGAUACAGUAUGAUAAAAGGCGGAAUACCCUAUAGCAUACAUUUUUGCUUAUUUUAGUGAAUACUAGCAAACCAAAAUCACCAAAAUAAGUUCUGCUAAACUGUACCACAUAUGCAGGAGCAUUUGUAUAAUAAACAGGUAUACAACCAAAAAUAGUCUGUUUUAUAGAAACUGAUAAAAUUUCAGCAUUAGAAGUAUUCUGUCAGCAUUCACAAAUUAGUCUAAUUAUUAAAGUGUAUGUUAAUAACUGGGACCAAUAAAUUAUGUCUGAACCUC